GGGGGUUUUGAGAAGUGGGUAUGGAUAAGUUACAGUGGGGGAAUAGGAAAAGGCUAAGAUGCAUGAAGGUGAAGGAGUCUGGUUCUAAUGGGAAAUCAGAUGGGGGUUUGGUGAAGAGGAAAAUCACAUCUGGAGUUGAUAAUAACAAAGAGACUCAUACCCCUCCAGUCAUUGCUUCUCCUCAUCGUUCCCACAGGGAAUUGGCGACAACCAGAUCUAGUGCACACGAGAGUAGAAAGGCGACAACUUCUUCUCCGGAGAAAGAGGAUCGGUAUUACACGACGAGAGGGUCAGUAGGAUUGGACGAUCACAGCAAGUUGCUUGCGAAUUCGAAGGAGGAGAAGAAAAAGUUCGUUUGGCCUAAACUACUCGUCACAUUAUCUAGUAAAGAAAAGGAGGAAGAUUUUCUGGCCAUGAAAGGCACCAAACUUCCUCAGAGGCCUAAGAAGAGGGCCAAGCUGAUUCAGCGAACCAUUCUCUUGGUCAGUCCAGGUACAUGGUUAUCCGAUCUGUGCCAGGAGAGGUACGAGGUCAGGGAAAAGAAGACUUCCAAGAAGAAACCGAGAGGGUUGAAGGCCAUGGGAAGCAUGGAGAGUGAUUCAGAAUAGGAGAUAUGGAAGAAGGCUAGUGGGGAUUGAUUUUUGAGAUGUAAUUUUGCCAUUUUGAUGACCUUGUAGAAGUGGCAAAGUAAUAGAGAAGAAAGUUUUGAAUGGGUCUACUGUAUUGAUGGGGUCUUUGAGCAUUUUUCUUUGUGAAAUUUGAUACAUGUACAAUUGUAUGACACCAGUGCAAGGAUGUUUCUUCCCUACUUUAAUGCCAAUGCUUGGUUUCUGGUUUACUUUAA